AAAAUGACUAUUUGUGUUGUUAAGUUGAUCAUAUGAACUGAUUAAAUAGAAACAGUAGAUCAUUUGGCCCCUUGAGCCUGCUCUAGCAUUUGAUAAGAUGGUGGCUGAUCUGUUUGUGUUUCGAAUUCCACAUUCUUGUCUACUCUAGAUAAUCUUUCAUUACCGUCUGUAACAGAAGCCAUCUAUUUCCAUCUUAAAAAUAUUCAAUUACCGUGCUUCUACUGUCUUCGGGGGAACAGAGCUCCAAAGUCUCUCAACCUUCCGACAGAAAAUUAAUUUCCUCAUCUUUGUCCUAAAAGCAUGGCUCAGAUUUUUAAAACAGCAUCCUCUAGCUCCGGAUUGACCCACAAGAGGAAACGUCCUUUAUAUAUCUUUCUUGUUAAAAACCAUUCAAGAUUUUAUACACUUCAAUCAAGUCACCCCUACUCUUCUAAACUCUGAUGAAAACAAACUCAGCCUUUAACAGGCUAUUUUCAUAUGAUACCCCACUCACUCAGGUCACAACUUAAUUAAAAAAGAAAUUGUGUGUUUCUGUCAAGGUAAGUGGUGGGGUGGGUAAAGUGGGUGGUAGAAUAUGAUGAAACGGCAUCUGGCUCGUUUAUCUCCCUGUUUUGGUCCAUUCCACUGAGAAAGAUGUUAACAUCAUUAUAUUUUCAGCAACUGUGUAUUUAACUAAGACUUUAAAGAGAGAUUAAAAUUCAGUUUCAACUCGCCAGAAUAGAUCUGUUUUUAGGGCUGAAUCAACACUGGUCAGGAAAGUACAACAAACUUUGGUACAGAAAAUUGAAACUGAGGAUACUAUUAUAAGCACCCGUUUAUUUCUCCUAUCUCCCAUCUGCGGGAGGUGAAAGGAAUUUUGAAACACAGUUUUGAACAAUAAUCCUGCAAAUGCUAAACUGAAAAUGUGGAGAGCAAAACUUAAAUGUUCUUUUAUAUAUUUCCCUCCACCCCCGAGACUUAUUCAUGUUAGCAAUUUGAGACCAAAGAUACACAAACUUAAGGCUGAGAACUAAAUCUCUUCCAAGUAGCAUAAAUAUAAUUAAACUCCAGGCUUAGAAAUGAGACUAAAAUAAUUUGUAGCACUAGAAUGGCACUAGUAUGCGUGAAUAUUGCUCAAUUUAUGUACAAAAUAAGCAUUACAAUAAUCCUUGUGUAUCUGGAGCUUAGGUAAUGUAAAUAAUGUGGCUUGUUGACGUUUGUAAAGGAACAGCUCUUAGCAUUCAACUUUAGAUGGGUUACUGAGCUACAUGAAAGAAGGAAAAACACUAAAUGACACUGAUUCUCAAUUUUAAGAGAAAACAAACUGUUGCAAGAACAGGUUAAUUGUUAAAUGUUUCUGUCAAUUAUGCACACAAGACAGUAAUGCAAGGAUGUGGGGCACAGGGCAUUAAUGCUGAUAGUAAUGAAAGGCAAGUGAUCUUACUGUUUACUGUAAAAUAUAAAAGUAUUGUGUACAGGAGACAUUAAACUAAAUUAAUUCACUAUUUAUAAUUCAGUUUAAUCCUACUUGAAAUCUCUUCUAUACCACUCCAGAGGAGAAGAUAUUAAGAGCUUUGUAGGAAAUCAGCCAAAUAGCAUGCCAUAAUUUCCUUUUACUUCAUUUAUCAACAUACUUGUCUGGUAUGUGGGUGGUAGGUGUGGGCUUCAGCUAGGGUUGUGGGUUUAGAUGCUCAGUGCUCUUUUUGGUGCAGUGUAGAAAGGCUCCCUUGUAUGUGUCAGAAGCAAGCAUCUCCCAGAUCACAUUUUUUAAAACUACUUUGACCACACAAGACAUCAGAUAGUUUCACUCUCCGAAACAAAAUGGCCCAGUGCAGACGUUGGAACCUGCUUCCAUGGACUAUUUUAGGGACCACCAUUCUGAUAGCACUACCAGGUCUCGCUUCAGAAGUACAGGGACCUCUUGUUCUGGUCCCUCCUAACGAAGCCUUGGAGAUAUCUUCAGGAGCAGGUGCGGUUGAGACGGUUACUCCUGGAAACUCUGUAGAAGACAGUUCAAUGACUUCAGAUUAUGGAUAUUUUCCAGAUGACUCUGAACCCGUGGAGAGAGGAUCACUGGGACCUGGGGCAAUAUCCGCCAUUGUAAUUGCUGCAGUCCUUGGAGUGUCUGUAUUGUUCAGCCUGAUCAUAAUCACCGUGAGAAAGCUGUCAGCAUCUUAGGCUCAAUAAAUGGUUAAUAAUAGA